UACAAGGUUGCAACCUGGCGCCCACUCAAGUUGGCGCAUUGCCAUUGGCGAAGCCUGGAGAUCGUUCCAGUGGCAGGAGAGGCUCCAACCACAGCAAAUCGCUGCAGGGCGCAGCGAGAAAGCCUACGUAGCCCCUCUCCUGCAGCCCCCUUGAAGCACCGACGUGAUGGUGUGAGGCAUUCCAUGUCAGCAAUGGAGCCAGAGGUCGCUGCGGAGGACUGCAUGCUCCAGUUCAAGCUGCGGGACUUUGUGGAUCGUGCGCCCAAGUUCGAUUAUGCGGGGACGGCUCGCCAAGGUGAUGCCCCUCCUCUAGUGGUUGACAAUGGGUCAUACCGGUGCCGCGUGGGCUGGGGCACGGAGGCAGAGCCCCUGGUGGACGUGCGGAGCCUGGUGUCAAAGCCCCGAGUGAGGGCGACGGGGCAUGGCGGCACAAUUGUGGGCGAGUAUUCAGGGGAGGCUGUCAAGGUGUUUGAUUCGUCCCGGUCGACAGCAGUCAGGUCCGCCUUCGAUGGCAAUGUGGUGUACCAGUUUGAGACGCAGGAGGCGGUGCUGGACUACACCUUCGAGCGCCUCAGUAUCAUGGGUGGUCGUGUGGCGCACCCCGUGUUGCUGACGGAGUGCCUCCUGAACCCGCUGUACGUGCGCCAGAAGAUGGCUGAGCUGCUCUUUGAGGCCUAUGGGGUGCCGUCGGUGGCGUUUGGCACUGACGCCAUCUUCAGUCAUGCGUUCAACCAGGCAGCGGGGCGCUGCGGCCCCGAUGGCCUGGUUGUAAGCUCUGGCCACUCUGCAUCCCACGUGAUCCCAGUGGUGGGGGGCAACCCCAUCCUAGAGGCCAGCGUGCGGCUUCCCCUUGGCGGCCUGCAGACAACCAACUACCUGCAGAGCCUCUUGGCGUUGAAGUACCCCCAGCAUGGGGCGGCAAUUUCGUGGGACCGAGCGGAGGAGGUGAAAGAGCGCCAUUGCUACGUAGCUGAGGACUAUGCUCAGGAGCUUAAGAAAUACCAAGAGGGCGGUGCGUGGGUGGCGGGCCAGGGUGUGACGUACCAGCUGCCGUGGGUGGCGGCGCCCCUGCCGGUGGAGCCGAGCGAGGAGGAGAAGGCGCGCAAGGCGGAGAUCAAGGAGCGCAACAGGGAGCGCCUCAAGGAGAUGGCCGCAGCCAAGAAGGCCGCCAGGAUCACAGGCCUGGAGUCGGACGUGGCGGGCCUGGAGCACCUGCUGGCAGUGACGGAGGGCGCCUCCGAGGCGCGCGCUCGCGCGUUCCUGCAGCAGACGGGGUACCAGAGCCGCGUGGAGGUGGGCGAGUACCUGGCCAAGCACGAGGCCACGCUGCGGCGCCUGCGCGGGGAGGAGGUCACGCCCACCAAGGACGACGACGACCCCGCCGACAUGGUGUUCCCGCUGCUCGAGGUGCCGGACGAGCAGCUGGGCCUGGACGAGUUGGCGGAGAAGAAGCGGCAGCGGUUUCAGAAAAACAUGGCGGAGGGGCGGGCGCGCGCCCGGCAGAAGAAGGCGGAGGAGCAGCAGAAGCGGGAGCAGGAGAAAGAGGAGGAGGACACCAAGUACAGAGAGGAUCCCGAGGGCUACACGGAGGCUCUGCGCGCCAAGCGGCAGGCGCUGGCCGAGCGGGUGGAGGCGCGGAAGCGACGGCGGACGUCACGGGCGUCAGAGGAGCCGGAGGACGGAGCAGGGCCAGUCACCGGAAAAGGGGCCACCGGGCGCGGGGAGCGGCUGAGCGCGGCGCAGCGGGAGCGAAUGCGGCUGCUGGCGACGGCCGCGUUUGAUAAGGGCAAGGGCGAGGACACGUUCGGCGCGGACGACGCGGACUGGCUGCUGUACCGCAAGAUGGCGCCGCCGUCGCAGGGCGCCGACUCGGACGAGGCCGACGACGACGAGGCCGAGCUCGCGCAGCUCACCGCGCGCCUGCACCAGGUCGACCCCGCCUUCCAGCCGGGCCCGUCCGGCAACGGGGCCGCGUCCACGCCGCUGCCUCGGCGACCCACAGCAGAGGACUUCCAGAUCCGGGUGGGGACGGAGCGGGUGCGCGCGCCCGAAAUAGUCUUUCAGCCGGCCAUGGUGGGCAUCGACCAGGCCGGGCUGGGCGAGCUGUUGGCCGUCGUGCUGAGGCGGCUGCCGGACGUGGUGCGGGAGCGAGUGGCCAACGGGGGCAUUUUUCUGACUGGGGGAAACACGGCGUACCCAGGGUUAGACGUGCGAAUAGCUGCAGAGUACAGGCGGGCCCGGCCGCUAGGAGCACCGGUGAAGAUCUGGCGCGCUGCAGAUUGCACCCUCGACGCAUGGCACGGCGCGGCCAAAUUUUCAUGCUCAGCAGAUUAUCCACGGCAAACAUUCACAAAAGCAGAAUAUGAGGAGCGAGGGCCGGACUGGCUUCGAACUUACAAGCUUAAUUACUCCAUUGGGUGAAAUGAGGUCCACGUGCGUUGCAUGCGUUCAGUCUGUUCUUGACCUUGCAGGACUUUGGACUCUGCAUGAAGCCAUCA